AUGGCGGCCCCCAAAGUGCACAAUGCCGCAGCCGCUGGCCCAGUCUCGAAGCGCCAGAAAGUGCAGGGCGACGGCAAGGAGACGUCUGCGCCGCUCGUGCGCCAGUCCAAAAUCUUCGCGCCGUUCAGAACUGUCGGACUGGUCUCCCCCACUGCAGUACCCUUCACGUCGCUCCCACUCGGCAAGACGACGUUCCAGAUCACCACCUCCGUCGGACGCUCCUUGCAGACCUACGACCUCAAGCGCGGACUGAACCUCGUCUUCAUCACCCGACCGCAGACGCCCGAGGACGUGACCGCGACACUGGCAUGGAAGAAGCUCGUCUUCGCAGCAUGGGGCGGCGCUGGGCCCAAUGUCGAGCGCGGCGUCUGGGUGUUCCAGCGCGGAAAGAAGGUGGCCGAGCUUGAGCUGCCGCUGGGAGGCGUCGAGAGCAUCGCCAGGCUGGUAGUCAUGGGAGAGUGGAUUGUGGGAUGCGGUGCCACCAAGGUCGAGGUCUGGAAGACGGCCACGCUGGAGCACUACACCACUCUGCAGGGCGCGUCUUCGAGCAGGCUCUCGGGCUGCAUCACCAACAUGCCCACAUACCUGAACAAGAUCUUUGUAGGCAGGCAGGACGGCUCGGUCGAGAUCUGGAACGUCAGCACCGGCAAGCUGCUCUACACGCUCCUGCCACCCGCGGCCGACUUCGGCGCCGUUACUGCUAUGCAGCCAACGCCCGCGCUGUCGCUCCUCGCUAUCGCUUACGAGUCCGGCCCGGUCACUAUUCACGACAUUCGCGCGGACAAGGAGGCUUUGCGACUGAACACUGGUGGCUCACAGAAAGCCGCCGUCACUUCCAUCUCGUUCAGGACGGAUGGGCUCGGUGCAGGAGAGGACGGUCGCGAUGACGGUGUGAUGGCGACUGCUAGCCAUGAGAGCGGAGACGUCACUUUCUGGGACUUGAACAACGGCGGCCGCAAGAUGGGCACUCUGCGUGGAGCUCACGGCCCCCCUCCUUCUGCAAGUGGUGGCGUCGGCGGUGGCAUCAGCAAGAUUGAGUUUCUGGCUGGCCAGGCAGUCAUCGUAUCAAGUGGUCUCGACAACACGCUCAAAAGCUGGAUUUUCGAUGAGACCCCGUUCUCGCCUGUACCGCGGAUCCUGCACCAACGCGGAGGACACGCCGCGCCUGUCUCGACUUUGCGUUUCCUGCACUCGAACUCGGACGGCUCUGACGAUACUGGCAAGUGGCUGCUCAGUGCAAGCAAAGACCGCAGUCUCUGGGGCUGGAGUUUGCGACGAGAUGGUCAGAGCACGGAGCUCAGCCAGGGUGCGAUCCAGAAGAAGGCCAAGAAGAUGGGUCUGCUCCACGGUAGCUCAGACACUUCAAAGCAUCACGUUAGGCUGGAAGACCUGAAAGCCCCGGCCAUCACCUGCAUGGCAUGCUCGCUCAACCGCGAUGGCGGUAUGGGCACAAUGCCGGGCGUCACUGGCAUCUGGAACAACUCGUCGAAGGUCAAGGGCGACUCGAAAAAGGCCAGCGAAGUCAACAUGACUGGCUGGGAGAGCAUUGUCACCGGCCAUGGUGACAAGACCGCAAGAACCUGGUUUUGGGGCCGCAAGCGAGCAGGAAGGUGGGCAUUUGACACAGGCGAUGGUACUGAAGUCAAGAGCGUUGCCAUAUCACCAUGCGGCACCUUUGCCCUGAUCGGAUCCGCCGGUGGCUCUAUCGACAUGUACAACCUGCAGUCCGGCCAGCACCGACGCAGGUUUCCGGCCCGCCUCACACCAGCUGAAGCGAAGAAAUACAAGCUGCACCAGCUCCAACUGGAAGAAUCGACCGGCUUCGAGACUGACGAUGCACCAAGGACAUUUGCAAAGGGCGAGGGCAGGCACAAAGCUGCCGUAACCGGCCUCGCCAUCGACAACCUCAACAGGACCCUCAUCUCGUGCUCCGACGACGGCAAGAUCAAAUUCUGGAACUUCGCAACCGGCACCCUCCUCCACGAAGUCGACUGGUAUCCCAUGGUCAAAAUCCUCUCUCUGCGCUACCACCCCAACUCCGACCUCAUCGCGCUCUCCUGCGACGACGGCUCUCUCCGCAUCCUCGACAUCACAACCCGCAAGCUCAUCCGAGAACUCUGGGCUACACGCACCUCCACCCCCAUCACCACCAUCGACUACACAUUCUCCAGCGACGGGCGCUGGAUCAUCUCCGCGUCCUCAGACAGCACAGUCCGCGUCUGGGAUCUGCCCACAGGACACUUGAUCGACGCCAUGCGCCUGCCCAAACCCAUCAACACCAUCGCCUUCUCGCCCACGGGCGACUUCCUGGCCACCGGUCUGGAGGGCGAGGUCGGCGUGCACAUCUGGGCGAACCGAACGCUGUUCACACACGUGCCUACACGGCAGAUUUCCGAGGGGGACGUUGCGUCUGUCUCUGCGCCCACGGCGUCUGGCGAGGGCGGCGAGAACAUCGUUGCGCUGGCGGAAGAGGAGGGUGACGAGGAUGAGGAGGAGGAGGAUACUACGGCGGUGCCGGUGAUGGACCAGUUGAGCGAGAAAAUUACAACUCUCUCGCUCGUGCCCAGGUCGAGAUGGCAAACCCUCUUACACUUGGACGUGAUCCGGGCGCGCAACAAGCCGAAAGAAGCGCCCAAAGCGCCUGAACACGCGCCGUUCUUCUUGCCUGCUGUGGGCGAGAAGAGCGAUGCGCUGAAGCCGCUUGAUGCUGGCGAGGCCGGGAGCAGGAUAAGUAGUAGUGCGCUGGCGAGCCGGGCGAGUGCUGCGACGAGCACGAGUGAGUUUACAAAGCUGCUUGCACAGACUGAGCAGAGCGGUGAGCACACCAAGCUGCUCCAGUACCUCUCGAGCCUGCCGCCCAGCGCGGCGGAUAUCGCCAUUAGGACAUUGGAUACUACGGCCCCGUACACCGAGCUCAGGACGUUCAUCACUGCGCUCACAGCGAGACUGCAGGAGAGGAGGGACUACGAGCUCGUGCAGGCGUGGAUGAGCGUGUUCCUGCGUCUCCACGGCGACGUUGUUGUGCGCGACGAAGAACUUGUCGGACAGUUGCGCAAAUGGCAAGACGAGUCGAAGAGAGAGCGAGAACGCGUCGGAGGACUCGUAGGGUACAGUGUUGGUGUUGUGGGAUGGGUGCGCAGCGCACGCUAG